GUUUCUUACUUAAAUGAGGUGAUAGUGAUAUUUCUCAAUUAUGUUUUAGAGCACCUAUAUUGAGUGGAGUGGUUAAUACAUUAUAGGAGGUAAGGAACAAAGUUCACAAGACAUAAUUGUUGGCACAACAAAAUGUUAUUCUGGUCCAAGCUGCAUGUGGUGAUAAUAUUAAGCAUAAACACUCAUUGGAUUAAGCGUGUUCCGUGUCGGACACAUGUCGGUGUGUUCGACACCGACACUUAUAAUUACAUUGAAUUGUACUAUUUUCUCAAAUUAUUAUUGGUGUCGACAUGUUAGUGUCCGUUGUCCGUGUCUGUGCUUUCAGAUAUAACAAUGCUGAUGUGUGGGUUGUUUUGCUCAAAACUUUAACAUAUCUACUGCUUUUCAUGUCGAGUUUAUUGGGGCUAUGCUUGCAAGAGCUAGCUUCUAAAAAGAGUUGAAUAUCUCUUCGGUUGGAAACUGACUCUCAAUUGGUUACUAUGACUUUUUAGAAGCUUAUUGGGGAUACUGUCCUAAUUGUGUAUAAGCUGGAUUACUUGGAAAGAGGAAGUUAAUGGUGGAUUGAAGUGAGGGUAGAAUAGGAAAAAUAACUCCAACAAUGACUAUUUUAGUUGGAGAGCUUUAUACUAAAACAACACUUAUUAAAAAGAAACUGAGGGAGUAUUUGGGAAAAUGUAUCAAGUCUUAUUCCGCACACCCGUUUAUAGUGUCCUGUGUCUAGGGGUAGAGCGCCUCGACGCCUCCUCUUUGUCAGCCCCAAACCUAGUUUUGAUGUGUCUCCCCCACGUAAUAUUUUCUCAUGAUUAGGUGAGAUACGAAAGACACACAUAAUACUCUCCUACAACCAGCUGGGACUUGGGUCACGACUUGAAGGACCGUGACAGUGGUCCGUCAUUUUCCUUUAAGUUGGCCCCUCUUAGUUAUGAAGAGCUCGGCUAACACUUGACGUGAUCAACCUCCAGCUCUCAGUCUUGGUCAGUUGCCCUCAGGCAUUUUCUGUACUCGGCCUCUGGCCUAGCAAUCCUGGCAGUCAUCCUCUAGUCAAACUAUUUGGUACUGAAUUCCGGAUAGUGAACACAAUUCUUGAGUGUCCAGCCAAAAAGACGAAGGCGCUCUAACAGGCCGAGUAAAUUAAUAUCGUAUACUAAACACAACCCCCGAGCGUUGAGCCAAAAAGACGAAAGUGGUCUAACAACUCAUUUAUUUAAAUAAUUCAAACUAAAAUUUGUACUGACUUGUUAAUCAAUAAUGAAGCUUUAGCUUUACUUUGGGAGUUUGGGUCCAUAAACCAUGUUCUGUGUUGGCAGUUUCAACAAUUUUGGGAAUUUGGAUGAGUCUGCAUGUCUAUUUCUUCAUUUCAGUGCAGCACAUUUUUCUUUGAUUUGUUUUCUAAUUAAUAAUUUCCUUUGCUGUCUUUUGGUCACACAGUUAGCACAAUCUGACUGAUAUAACAGGCAAAUCUUCAUGAAAAGUAAAAUGGGAAGGACACCUUUGUGGUUUUGUGGAUGAAAAAAAAGUGAUUUAGACUUUCCAACUUGUAAAAAAGUAUAGACCACGUUUAACCCCCAAUCAUUAACAUGAAACUAUAUCAUUCAUUAUUUUUUCCACUCAAACUCUCAUAAAAGCACUCACUUCUCAACACUAAGUGCAUAUUGCAGCAAAGUUGAGAUCAAAUACAGCUAAUAGUAGUGAAAUACAGUUUUAAUCACGGUCACAUUACAGUCUCGGAUACAUAAAAACCUUGCGGUUGCGGACAUUUUUUUGAAAACCGGAUAUAUCUACACCGGCUACCUGUGACUUGUUGGGCGAGGAGCUAUUUUCUAGUGCCAUGAAGAGAACGAGUGAAUGGAAUUAUUCCCAGGAGAUUCCAAGUGAUGUCACUAUUCAAAUUGGCGAAGCUUCAUAUUCGUUACACAAGUUUCCAUUAAUUUCCAAAAGUGGAUACAUAAGGAAGCUCAUUUCAGAAUCUAGUGAUGCUGUUACCGAUGUUCCAUUAAUUGAACUCAUUGAUGUCCCUGGUGGAUCAGAAGCAUUUGAACUAGCAGCAAAGUUCUGCUACGGCAUAAACUUUGAAAUAAGCGUUGAAAACAUCGCUAUGCUUCGCUGCAUAGCCGAUUAUCUUGAGAUGACAGAAGACUAUUCGGUCGGAAAUUUGGUAGGAAGAACUGAUUCUUACUUGAAUGAAGUAGCACUCAAGAGCAUGUCAGGAGCAAUAUCUAUCUUGCAUAUAUCAGAAACUCUUCUUCCAAUUGCAGAGAAAACAAAAUUGGUUAGUAAAUGCAUAGAUGCAAUAGCAUACAUAGCAUUAGCAUACAUAGCAUCGAAGGAAAGCCAAUUUUGUUCAUCUGGUAGAAGUGAUGGUAGUAGCAACGAAAGAGUGAUGAAUUCUUCCACUGCUUCUCACCCGAGGCCAGCUGUUGAUUGGUGGGCUGAAGAUCUAACUGUUCUUAGAAUCGAUUUUUUCCAAAGAGUUCUAAUUGCAUUGAUGGCUAGAGGGUUUAAAAAUUGUGGUAUUGGUCCUAUUAUAAUGCUUUAUUCACAGAAAUCCCUGAGAGGUUUGGAGAUAUUUGGGAAGGGAAGGAAGGAGAUUGGACCACAUGAAGAGCAUGAGAAGAGAAUUAUUUUAGAGACACUAGUGAGCCUUAUGCCAAGGGAGAAGAAUGCAGUAUCUGUCAGCUUUCUUUCUAUAUGGCUUAAGGCGGCAAUAUAUCUCGAGACAACUGUUGCUUGCAGGUUUGAUUUGGAGAGGAGAAUAGCCAUGCAGUUAGGACAAGCUGUUUUGGAUGAUCUUCUUAUUCCUUCAUUUAGCGGCGACACAUCGUUUGAUGUAGAUACAGUGCAAAGAAUCAUGAUGAAUUACCUAGAAUCUGAUAUGGAAAAUCAUUCAGUUUAUAAUGCAGAUGAUGAAUAUUAUUCUUCUCCACAAAGGGAUGUUUUUAGAGUUGGAAAGUUAUUGGAGAGUUACCUUGCUGAAAUAGCCACUGAUAGAAAUUUAUCAGUUGAAAAGUUUAUCAGUCUCGCUGAAUUAAUGCCUCAAAAAUCAAGAACAACAGAAGAUGGAAUGUAUAGAGCCAUAGACAUCUAUCUUAAGGCACAUCCGUUUCUAAGUGACACGGACAGAAAGAAAGUUUGCAGCAUGAUGGAUUUCCAGAAGCUAUCACGAGAGGCGCGAGCGCACGCUGCACAAAACAACAGGCUUCCUGCCCAACAUGUGGCUCAACUUAUGUAUUAUGAACAGCAACGUCUUCGCGACAACAUCGAUGGCACUGGCAGCGUAGGUUCAGAAUCACCUUCGACACCUGACAAGAGGAAUGUAUACUCAUCUGAGCUUUAUCCGGCUUCUAAUGAGGUUUCCAAAUUAAGAAGAGAAAAUGAAGAUCUGAAAUUAGAGAUAGUGAAACUUAAAAUGAAAAUAAAAGAGGUGGAAAAAUGUACAGUUGAAUAUGGUGUUAGUAGUCCAUUAAAUGUUUCUUCACCUUCAGCUGAUAAGCCUCCUUUGCCUAGAAAAUCAUUCCUAAACUCAGUUUCCAGAAAACUUGGCCGUCUUUCUCCUUUUUCGCGUGCUAGUCCUGGCAUAACACCGAUGAAAGAUCGCCUAAAACAAGACAAGGUUCGACGCUACUCCAUAUCCUGAUUUUGUGCGUGAUAUUAUGCACGGUACAUGUUAACCAGCGAAGCCAAAUACAUGUAUUUUUUUUGCUUAUAUUCAUUCUAGAGGCAGUAUUUACUUGCAGGGUAAUUGUUUUGUUGUAUAGGUAUGUAUGAUUGUUGUCUACUUAAUGAUAAUAGGUGUUUUCUGUAUUGAAAAAACAUGGCGUGUCCUUGUGUUACAUAUUAUGAAUGAAUAUUAGCAUGCCCCAGGAGUGAUAUUUGGA